UUUACGGCUGCUUUGCUCCACCUCCACCCAGAGGCCAAGAUGCCGCCGCCGCCGCUGCCUUCGAAACCGCCCGAGCCACCGAAACCGGGGCCGGACGGCGGCUGCAAGGACGACUGCCCGCCUGCUCCUUCCUCUAAUGGCCACCACCGCCGCGUGGUGAUCACGCUCGUCACCGCCGCGUCCGUGCUCUUCGUCGUGCUCCUCGCCUUCUCCGUCUACUGCUUCAUCCGCCGCAGGCGACGACAGCGGCUGCGGCGGGAGGCGCUCCUAACGGACCCCCCUGCAGCUGCAGCGGGAGGAGGCCCCCCUCCGGCUGCGCCGGAGGCCAACGGGGUGGGCGCCGGGGGGGAGGCGGAGGAGGAGGAGGUCCUGCACCACGCGUGGCACAUCCGGACCGUCGGGCUCGACGAGGCUGCGAUCGAGUCCAUCGCCCUCACGCGGUACCGCGCCGGGGCCGGCAUGCUCGGCGCCACCGACUGCUCCGUCUGCCUCGGCGAGUUCCGGGACGGCGAGCUCCUCCGCCUGCUGCCCAAGUGCGGCCACGCGUUCCACGUCCCCUGCAUCGACGCCUGGCUCCGCGCCCACGUCAACUGCCCGCUCUGCCGCGCCGACGUCCUGCACCCCGCCGAGGGCCAGGACGGCGACGACGACGGAGGGGAACACGUCCCACCUGCCGCCGGCGCUAACGGCGGCACAGCCACCGACCAAGACCCGAGCCCCACCGAUGAAACCGCGGACCACGAAAACCCAGGCCAGCAGCACGAGCUUCGGAUAGAAAUUGAUCGACGCGACCAGCCCAGCUCGCCGGAGCCACCGCACCGGAGCCCGGCCUCCCGUGCCCAGAAUUUUCGGCGCGUAGCUUCUAUGGCCUCGCCGCCGGUGUCACCAGAGGAGGCUCAGGAACAGGAAGACGAGCAGAGCAGCAAAGAGAAGCAGGGGAGCGGUGACGCAGCGCCUUGGUGCAAGACGUCAUCGGGCUCCGGCCGUUCGCAACACAUGACGAGGUCUUUGUCCGGCGGCGGCCGGCGAUCUCUCGCCGCGCGGCAUAGCCGCUCCUCCAGCUCGAUGCUGCCGUUGUGAUCUCGCGGAAAAAAGGUAAAAAAAAAAAAAGGAAUUGGUGUACAGUUGUAGAUUGAAAAAGAGAGGUUGCACAUCUUACAGUGUCAGAUCUGAACAAAUAAACUUUCAUCUGGAGUUGCUUUUUCCUUA